AUGCACCAGCAAGGCAGAAGACCCGCGCUUGGCUGCGUGCUUCGGUGCGUGCCACGGAGGAGCAGCCAUGUCUUCGUGCACUCCGAGUUGCACGUUUGUGCACCGCCGGAGGCUUGGUCUUCGCUCGUCUUGCAGAGGCUGCAAACGAUCCCCACGUCAGCGCUGGUGGAGAGCUGUGACGAGCUGUCCCGGGCGAGAUGCAACGACUUCGGCAUCUUCCGUGCAAUCGGUGACGAGUGCUCAUACAGACUGCGUCGGGCCGGCCGCUGCUCAAGUGUGCGACCAACCUAUGCAUCCCCGACAGCGACCGAGCUGGUUUCGCUUUUGCGUUCCUUUGCUGGAGCCACGUGCCGCCACCGGAAGAUAUUGCAAACCGCUGAGUCGGAAAGCUCAUGGCUGCCGCUCCUACGAUCUGCAGAUCUUCUUCGGCUUCUUGUCGCUUGCGGCCAGUUGCGAGCUGCUCACGCUGCUGCGCACAAAGCCAUUGAAAUCCUCAUUGCAAGGCGCUACUUCCUGGUGUGCUCCUCGCUGGAGUUGCUGCAAACCGUCCAUGCCGCUGUUCGCUUAUUGCUGCUGCCUCAUGCGGACAGCAGCUUCUGGUGCGACGUCUUCUCUCCGUGCACCGCACGGGCGCUGACAGCGUUUCAUGGCCGGGACUUGGUCGCUACCCUUGCUGCCUGUGUGGCGCUCCAGCGGUUUGGAGCUGCCCAGCGCAUUGCUGCUGCACUGAGCGUGGCGCAGAUCACCACGAAGAGGGACGUUUGCGUGUGGGCUGGCGGCCUGGCAGUUUUGGCAGGCUUUCGGCAACUCUCGGGCCGGCUUCUUGCAGAUGCCGCGGACACAUUCAGCGAGGCCUUCAUGGCUUUCGUGGACAGCCUUCGCCUUGAAGAGUCUGAGACGCGUCAGCUCUUGACCUUCGGCCUCGCAGCAGCCCUGCAAGGAGUGCACAUGGACUGCCCAAGACUGGGUGAGCUGAUGCUGGCGAGCCAGGUGAAACGUUGCGGCUCAGCCAGGCAGACCAAGUCAAGGAUGCACGAGGAGGUAUUGCAGAGCCUGCUCAUCGUCCUGGGUGGCUUGUCGCUCGAGGGCCAGCUGCUGGUAGAGGCGGGUAUCCUAACAGUGCCAGUGCCCGGAUAUGGCAUUGCAUUUAAGCAUCUAGAGAGCUUGGGCAUGCCGGCUUUCGUGCUCGUUCCGAGCGAGCCGAGCGAUGUGAAUGCCGAGAGUAUUGAGAGCUCAAGGAAGGAUGGGCAGUCCAUAUGGAUCCCGUUUUUCAAGACCGAGUCAGACAGCUGCUCUUUCUGCAGACGAUUUCCUCCGGUUCCUUUCUGCACAUUGGCAGCACUGGUGGGCAUGCUGGUCGUUGGAUCAUGGCAUCCCAGUCGGAUCGGCAUUUCUCACGGGAUCGAGCUUGUAGGAGAUGGUUCCUGUCCUGCUGCUUGCGGUCAGUCUGUCGCAUGCACCUCGGCUUCAAAGCCAGAGAUUCCCGAGAGGCCCUGCCCAGUUUUUACCUCCGGCGGGGACGAGCCCGGUGCUUGUUCGGCUGUGAUCAACUUGCAGGGCUGCAACUUCGACCCGGGUGAUGAGUAUGAGACUUUUUGGGCGGUGAGCGUUUUCCAGGCGCCUGGAGAUUACUUCUAUGAAGUAACAUGGGGAGCAGAAUCCGCGGAGAGCUUCCCAAUUGAGAAUGGCACCAUAGAUCUCGGAACUCCGGACAACCUGCUUACUUUGCAAGUAUACCCUGGUGAAGGAGCAGAAGGUUGUCCCGGCGCGGGGCUUGACAUCACAUCUUUUGCUUUUCUGAAUGACGCAAUCUUGUUCUACGCAAACGUCGCAGAAGAUUCAAGACCGAUGUUCGCCCUCCAACUCCUGGAAACACUUCCGGUCACUCCUUUGCGGCGGCUCAGUGCAGCGAGAAGACUCACUGCUGAAGACUUCUUCUUCUGCCCAGAUGACUGUGUGAUCUCAAGCCUCUAUGUCAACGACGACUUCUGCGACUGUCCGGAGACCUGCGCGGAUGAAGAUUCCUGGACCUGCGCCACCUGCGGCGAGACUCCCCCACCGGUUACAACGCCCCAGCCGGAGGAGGAGAGCCAGGCCUAUAAGAACAUGGCCACGGGAGUCGGCGUCGGGGUUGGAGUGGGCGGCGGCCUUGCGCUGGGCCUCGGCCUGGGUAUCGGCCUCGGGACGGGUGCGGGCGUGGGGACCGGCUCCACAGGCAGCGCCGCCGCGGCAGCCGCUGCCUCCGUUGCUGCUGCCUUCAGCUCAGAGGGCUCCUUGAAACUCCAGGUGGAGAAUCCUGACAUACUGCAGACAGAAGCUUUCACCAAUGCGAUCAAGCGUUCCAUCGCCCGAAUCGCCGGUAGUUCUGUGGUUGCAGCAAUGGUGGAGCUCAUCAUCGGCUGUGCGGCGGCUAGCCGGAGGCUUGCGCCCGCCUUGCGUCGGCUGGCCGAGACAGUAGAGGUCUGCUUUAAGAUCGGAGUGGAACAGGAGAGCUUGGCGGAGGAAGUUUGCGACACUCUGUCGGGAUACAAUGCAGCCACCGUGGCCACUGUUAUUUCAUCAGAGAUCCUGGACUCUGGCAUUGAGCCAGGACAAGUCGAAGUAAUCGGCUACCAGCCGCGGAAUCAGUUUGGGAUAAUUGCUCCAAAGGAGAAGCUUUCCAUGGCCACAAAGAUGGUCCAUGAUGACUCGUUGGCUGCAAUGGCUGGUGGUCUUCACUGGCUGGCAGCCAGGGGCCAAGAGUUGAUAUCAGGGGAUGAGCACAUCACGCCUUGUAGAAGUCAGGGCGCCAACGUAGAUCUUCACGAGGUUAGGUGCCGCCACGCAGUGUUGCAGGAGUUGGAAUCGGAGGCCGAGGCGUUGCAGGCCCUGAAAACCGACAAGGCCCUGGCAUCGAAGAUCGACGUCGCAGAAGUGGGGCAGCUCAUCCGAAACGGGUGGUGGCAGCUGUGCCGAGAGCUUGUCCUGGCCUCCAAAGGUUCGGGUGGCUUCGGUGCCCUGGAGAAGGCCGUUCGCCAGGAAGUGACGCAGCUCAAACUGAAUGCAGAAGAUCUGCUCCUCGCAUUGAGCCCCCAAGAUGAGAGCCGCAUCGGUGUGGUUCGAUGCGCCACCCAAUGGGCACAGAACAGUUCAGCCAUCUUCCUCAGCAUCAAGUUUGCACAUCGUUGGUCCUCACCCGGGGCGUUGAAAGUGCAAGACGAGAAGGUCGAGGUAUCCUCAUGCUGUUUCAACUUCUCAGCUUCCGGGGACCACUCCCAGCUGAAGAAGCGCUACGCGCUUGACCUGGCCUUCUACGGGGAGGUCGAUCCGGACCACUGGUCAUGGCAGUUAGCUUCUGCCGGCCGAAUGACCACCGAGAUUCGCAAGCGAACGCCGGCGAGCUGGCCACGUCUGCUUGAAUCCAAGAGCAAGCCUGGCAACUUGCAGCAGUGGGACUCCAUGCAGGAGCGCUGGAAGAGCGAGCUAAAAGAGUUCGAUCGCAAGCACAAGGCCGCUAACAAAGAUGGCGACAGUGCUGAAGGGGUCGAGGCCGCCGAGGAAGAAAUGCAUUCCAGCGGCAGGAAGAAGUGUGUCGACAGUCGCGCGUCUCCGUUCUCAAGCGCUGGCCUUGUUGCAAGGCUCUGCGAGGCUUACUGGCCAGUGAGGAUGGAUACGAAGAAGCAGGGCAAAUCCUCCACCUGGCUGGUGCUCUUCCACUCUCCGUCGGAGAUGAAAUGCUAUGACCGUGGGGAGGAGUGCCAGCGAGUGAAAGAUCGCUGGGAAGCAGUUGGCCGAAAGGUGGAGCAGGUCAGUGAGGCCUUGGUCGGCGCUGUGGACUGCGAUCGGCAUGCAGACCUCUGCCAGAGGGAGAAGGUUGGAACACUGCCGUUCGUUCGACGCUACCGCAGUGGAAAGAAGAAGACCUACUACGGUGAGUGGGACAUCGAUUCCAUCAUGAAGAUUGUUGCGGAUUGA